AUGACAAGCUUGUAUCAUCAUGGAAGUAUCAUCGUAGCUAAUUUAAUUAUUUUAAUUCUUGGAUUACCUUACGCAGGAGAGGCACUUUCCUUGCACUUCAAUAAUAAUAAUUAUUUAAAUUGGAGUUUACUUGUUAACAAUAUUCAUGAUCAUAAUAAAUUAAUUUAUAAUAAAGUACAAUUUCAACAAGAAGAUAACGUCGAAUUAUAUUCUACAUUCCCAUUUGAUUCGCGAACCGGAUACCUGGUCGUCAUCAUUUCAUCUUAUUUAGCAUUAUACUUCAACUUUGUCGGAACUAGUUAUGUUCUUUACAGAAGUUAUUACAGGCGGAGAAGUAACGGUGUCUCCUUGCCAAUGACUUUGAGAGUUCCAAUGUACAUCGCCAUAACAGAUCUCUUUCUAAUCCUGACACAUGUCGUGAAUAUCUCACACAUGGCAAUAACCAAAACCCUAUGGAAGGAUUCAUAUUGCAAGAUAAUUGGUGGGUUGAACAACUUUUUUCAAUGCAUGAACAUGUUCUUGGUGGGGGGAGUGGCGGUCACGACGUUUCUACGUGUAAAGCGAGGACGUUUCUUCAGUUUAGGAAAGUAUGAUUACAAAUUAUUCACCGGGAUGAUAUCUUUGUCUUCGUUAAUUACCAUCAUAUUUUACAAAUCUUAUGGACCAAAUAAUUACUGGUGUGGGGGUGAAUUUUCCGAUAAAGUCCUGGCGAUAUCCUCGUUAUGCAUCAUAAGCGUGGUGAUGUUGGUUAGUUUAUAUUGUUAUAUAAGCAUCAUACGUGAGAUGAGAUCCAUCAAGAUUGAAGAAUGCUUCGAAAAUUCGAACAUACCUGAAGAAAUUGCGGUCCAACGCAAAGAAACGAACAAGCGCAUUUACAGUAAAAUUUCAAGUUACAUAUUGAUCUUUAUCAUACAAUACGUUCCCGUUACCAUCUAUAACAUUGGACAUAUCAUACGUGUCAAACAUUAUUGGGUCUACGUCGUUUGUGAUAUUGGAAUUAAUUUCGGAGGCAUAGGAAAUUUCAUACAGUACACAAUCAAUGAAGGAUGGAGUGAUGAUAUACGGGGGGAUACAAGUGACUCGUAUGGAUUAAAUCCGACAAAUUUUCGAUACACUUACGCGGGCGGUCGACAGUCCUCUGUCAACAAUGAUAAUUCCAUGAAUUCAAAUUUUGAUGGUGUAGUUGAUUCUUUUGGUAUUAUACGCCCUUCUCCUCAGAAGAACAGAUGA